ACUCACAAUAGGAGGGCGGGGCAGAGAUGGGUCAAAACAGACCGCUGGGAGUCUGAAGUUUAGCGACGCGCUCCAGAAGAUGACCCGGAGAAAGGCGCCUAGAGACGGGGGAUACAAACACCGCUAGCAGAGACUUUAACUGGACUGCCCCUGAGUCGACGUUGUCCGAGUCUUCCCGACGAGACACCCGGCUUGUUGUCAUGACCUCCGGGUUAAAUGAGUAGGUCCUCCGAGGCAUGAAAACACUCUCCCAAAGGACCUGCUAGACUGGGAGAACAUUUGUACUAUAGGGAACAGGGGCAGACGGGUCGGUUGUAUUCAGAGGAAGGAUGAAAAAGUUCUCCAGGAUGCCGAGGUCGGAGAGCGGGGGACUCGGAGGGUCCGGGACCAGCAGCAGCUACUCCGGGAAAGUGUUCGCCGUGGGCCGCUAUCAGGUCACGGUGGAAGAGCUAAUCGCGGAGGGAGGUUUCUCUGUGGUGUUUCUGGCUCGGACGCACAGUGGCAUCCGCUGUGCUCUCAAGAGGAUGUAUGUCAACAAUGUGCCCGACCUCAACAUCUACAAGAGGGAGAUCACCAUCAUGAAGGAGCUGUCGGGUCAUAAGAACAUUGUCCGCUAUCUGGACUCCUCCAUCAACUCCGUUUCAGAUACUGUUUGGGAGCUUCUCAUCCUCAUGGAGUACUGCAAAGCUCCUUCUCUCCUAUCUCACCAGCUCCUUCUCUCCUAUUUCACCACCUUCUCCCCCCCAGCUGGUCAGGUGGUGAAGCAGAUGAACCAGAGGUUGACUGCAGGGUUCUCCGAGGUGGAGGUUCUCCACAUGUUCGGUGACACCUGUGAGGCUGUGGCCCGCCUGCACCAGUGCAAGACGCCCAUCAUCCACCGGGACCUCAAGGUGGAGAACCUGUUGUUAAGUGACAUGGGGAACUAUGUUCUGUGUGACUUUGGCAGCUCAACCCACAAGGUGCUGCUGCCCCAGAGGGAUGGCGUCGCCGCGGUGGAGGACGAGAUCAAGAAGUAUACCACUCUGUCCUACCGAGCUCCAGAGAUGAUCAACCUGUAUGCAGGGAAACCCAUCACAACUAAGGCUGAUAUAUGGGUGAUGGUGAAUUGCUCAUCACCUUGUUUCCCCCAGGCUCUGGGCUGCUUGUUGUACAAGCUGUGUUUCUUCUCUCUGCCCUUCGGAGAGAGUCAAGUCGCCAUCUGUGAUGGAUCCUUUGUCAUUCCAGACAACUCCCGCUUCUCCACCCAGCUGCACUCUUUAAUCAGAUACAUGCUCGAGCCAGAUCAGGAGAAGAGACCAGAUAUCUACCAGGUGUCUUACUUUGCCUUCAAGCUUUCGGGGAAAGAUUGCCCCGUACCAAAUCUAUUCAGCUCUACCCUUCCCUCCUCCCUCCCAGAGCCUCUGACAGCAGGUGAAGUUGCAGCGAGGAGGAGCCAAUCCAAGGCCAGAAUCUCUGACGCGGUGGGCCCGACGGAGACCUCCAUUGCUCCCCGGCAGCGACCCAAAGCAACCACCAACAACAACAUCCGGCCACUGUCCACCACCGCCAUGCCGGGCAAGGUCGCCGCUCCCUCAUUGCCAGUUAGCAAUGGUCAUAAAGCUCGAACACCUGACUCCAGUCUGCCAGCCUUGCAGAACCAAGUCCAGGUCCAGACUCAAAACCAGGUCCAACACCAGCCUGGCACUCAGCAGCAUCGUGUCCUUCAACAACUCCAACCUGGGGACCUUCGACUCCAGCAGCUGCAGCAGCAGCAGCAGCUGCAGCCCCAUCAACAGCAGCCCCAUCAACAGCAGCCCCAUCAUCGCCAACAGCAUCAACACCAGCCCGAUCCACACCAACAGCAUCAACCCCAGCCCCAUCAUCAACCCUAUCAACAACCCCAUCACCAACACCAACCGGUCAUGCAGCAGCAGCAGCAGCAGCAGCAGCAGCAGCAGCAGCAGCAGCAGCAGCAGGGUAACGCCCAACAGCUUCAGUAUAUCCAGUACCAACAGGCCCUGCUCCAGCAGCAGCAUCAUAUGAUGUAUCAGCAGCCUGCGUACCAGCAGCAGGUAGCCCAGGCCCAGGCCCAGGCCCAGGCCCAGGCCCAGGCCCAGGCUCAGGCCCAGGCCCAGGCCCAGGCCCAGUACGCCUCCAUGUUCUACCAGUACCAGCAGGCCUUCCUCCAGCAGCAGCAGCUUCAUCACCACCAUCAUCAUCAUCCACAGCACCUCCCCUAUCACACCACCCCCCUGGACACCUUCCCUCCCCCCAUCACCACAGGGAGGCCACUGGGGGGGACAUCCACUAACCCAAGAAACCCUGUCAUCGGCACAGGCGGCAUAACCCCGCCCUCUCAAGGUGUAACUCCGCCCUCUCAGGGCAUGGGCCAGCUCUCCCAUGGGGUGACUCCGCCCUGCCAUACGGUGUCCUCGUCCCCUCAGAGCAGCAUGGCUCCGCCCCCUCCUGAUAUGUCUGGCUGGAACCCGUUUGGAGAAGAUAACUUCUCCAAACUGACCGAGGAGGAGCUUCUAGACCGCGAGUUCGAUCUCCUCCGAGCCAAGAACCCGGUGGCCAGAGUCUCCAGCGUGGAGGUGGACCGGCCCACUGGUGGCGCUAAGCUCUCCCCCCCUGAGGAUGUGUUCGGCUCGGUGCUGUUCGUAGCCCCAGCGAGGGACCCCCCUGGGGAGGACCUGGCAAUCGACGCCCCCUCUCCACCUCCCACAGAGGAGGUCCCUCCUGCCAUGAAGGAGCAGGAGGCCUCAGAGAGGAGAAGCGGGGAGGAGUCGGAUAGUGACUUUGAGUCAGACCCUCCUUCCUCUAAGAGCAGUGAGGAGGUGGAGGAGGAAGAGGAGGCGGAGGGGCUGAGCGAGGAAGAGGAGCAGCAGGAGGAGUUGCUGGGACAGCGCCCCCUGCUCAUGGAUUCUGAGGAGGAGCCUUACGAAGGAGAGAAGCCCAGGGGCUCUGUGGACGUGUUCGGGGCCGCCCCAUUCCCUCCGGCCCCCUGUGGGCUUGGCGCGGACGACCUGGACGUCUUCACCAGAGCUCCGUUCAGCAGGAACGUCUCCAGGUCCUCUCCGCCCACCUCCCCCGGGGCCCCGCCCACUCCUAGUGAAUCCCUUCCCGCCUCACAUGAGGCCCCUCCCUUUUUAGUUGAAGCCUCGCCCACACCCUCAGAAGUCCCGCCCACCUUGUAUGAAGCUCUGCCCGCUUCCUGUGAAGCUCCACCCAUGCCACCUGAAAUUGUGGACAUGUUUGGAUUCUCUCCUUUCACACUUGGGGGCCCCAGCUCCACCAGGGACAUGGAGGAGGCGCAGCAGGGGGUGACCAGACUGUCAUGGCGGCAGAGAAAGACCAAACAGGAGGCGGGGGUGGGGAAGCGGCAUCGCCGGACAACCAAGCCGCCGUCGCUCCGCACACCGGAGCGAAGCCGAAGACUUAGGAGGGGGGGGGGGGGGGGCUGCACCCAGCUCCUUGGCUCCUCCCACUCCAAGGAAAACAUUGCCGUCACCAUGGCAACCAAAGCAGAGAAGGGGAACAUGGAGGAGUCUGCGCUGCUGGACCCAUUCGGAGCCCGACCUUUCCACACCCAGACCCCGUGGACCUCCCCAGGGGCCCCUGGAGCCCCCCGGUCCCCUGAAGGCUCUGGGUACCCUGAGGAUGGAGAGGGGAUGGAUGACUUUGGGGCCACCAGUUUGAGGGACGGUAUGAAUGACUUCGGGGCCCCUAGGGAGGGUUUGGAUGACUUCGGGGCCCCUAGGUAUAGGGAGGGUAUGGAUGACUUCGGGGCCCCUAGGGAGGGUAUGGAUGACUACGGGGCCCCUAGGGAGGGUAUGGAUGACUAUGGGGCCACUAGGCAGAGGGAGGGUAUGGAUGACUUCGGGGCCCCUAGGCAGAGGGAGGGUAUGGAUGACUUUGGGGCCCCUAGGCAGAGGGAGGGUAUGGAUGACUUUGGGGCCCCUAGGCAGAGGGAGGGUAUGGAUGACUUUGGGGCCCCUAGGCAGAGGGAGGGUAUGGAUGACUUUGGAGCCCCUAGGCAGAUGGAGGGUAUGGAUGACUUUGGGGCCCCUUGGCAGAGGGAGGGUAUGGAUGACUUAGGGGCCCCUAGGGAGGGUAUGGAUGACUUAGGGGCCACUAGGCAGAGGGAGGGUAUGGAUGACUUUGGGGCCUCUAGGGAGAGUAUGGACGACUUUGGAGCGGUGCCCUUCACUGAGCUGGUGGACGGCCCCCAGCAAGGGGACCUGGACCCCUUUGGAGCGGCGCCUUUUCCAUCCAAACCAUGACACACACACAAACAUAUUAACACAGCUACAUUUAUAUUUUGGUAAACGGUUUCUUUUACCAAAAAUGCAUAGUGUUUUGAUUACAUUUAACUGUGAGGAAGGUUGAAUGGUGGCUUUUAGUAGUUAAUUUUCGGACGAAAUGAUGGAUGUGGACUCUGUAGACUACUUUCUCUGUACCCUUCUGAUACACCCAGCGGCCUUAGAACCCCCCUCCCCCUUAACCUUAGUAUCUAUGCAAAAUGUCAUGUUGGAUCACACAUGGAGUUAUUUUAUUAAAGGAGGCUUAUAACAGUUUUCUUAAAGUG